AGAGAGAGAGAGAGAGAGAGAGAGAGAGAGAGAGAAUGAUGUCUGCUCACUCUCGCCUUCUCCUCUCUUCCAAUCCCCAACUCUCUCCUUGCCUUCGCCGGCCAGUCACCAAAGACCUGCAUUCAUUUCCUUUCUUGCGAAUUCGAGGUCUGCAGAUGGGUAGGAUCGGGUUGGAUUCUCUCCGGGACGUCAAGGUCAGUUCUGGCGCUGGUUCGCCGGUUACGGAUAUUGAGCUGGACCAUUUCUCUACGGUGGCAAACAAGAUGGCGGACGCUGCCGGCGAGGUCAUCCGGAAAUAUUUCCGCCAAAGCUUCGCAAUUCUCGACAAGAACGAUCUCAGUCCUGUGACUAUCGCCGACAGGGAGGCGGAGGAGUCGAUGUGUUCGAUUAUAAUGGAGAAUUUUCCAACUCAUGGGAUUUUUGGGGAGGAGAAUGGCUGGAGAUGCAAGGAGAAUUAUGCUGAUUAUGUUUGGGUUUUGGAUCCUAUCGAUGGCACCAAGAGUUUCAUUACUGGUAAACCUCUAUUUGGCAUACUUAUUGCUCUUCUCUACAAGGGGAAACCGAUUCUUGGCAUCAUUGACCAACCUAUUCUCAGAGAGAGAUGGAUUGGGAUAGAGGGGAAAACAACCACACUCAAUGGACGGGAAGUAUCUACAAGGACAUGCAGCAAACUUUCUCAAGCCUACCUCUACACUACAAGCCCACAUCUUUUUACUGGGGAGGCUGAAUUGGCUUUUAGUCGUUUGAGAAAUAAGGUGAAGGUCCCAUUAUAUGGCUGUGAUUGUUAUGCGUAUGCGCUUCUGGCUUCUGGGUUUGUGGAUCUUGUUGUUGAAUCUGGGCUUAAGCCCUAUGAUUUUCUCUCACUGGUUCCAGUGAUAGAAGGAGCCGGAGGAUCUGUAACAGACUGGAAAGGAAAUAAGCUUCACUGGAUGCCAUCACCGGACUCGUGUGUUAUGGGUUUCAAUGUGGCGGCAGCUGGUGACCUUGAGCUGCACAAGCAGGCGUUGGAGGUUCUACAAUGGCAAUGACUUGUACAUUCCAGGAAGAUAAUAUAGCAAAUUAUUGGUCUGCCCGAUAGUUCAGAGGAUCAUAAUUUCAGAGAACAAUAUGUAGCUAAUUUACUAAAAAUAUUUUCUGCGCUGAUAUUUAAGAAUGAAUUUGGAAUUAGAGAAUUAGAUCUGUAUCAUAUACAGGUGAUAAUAAUUGUUCAAGCUGGCUCUUUGCAGCAAAUUGGACUUGAUUAAUUAGCCAGAAAA